AUGAUAAACAUACUCAUAAGUGAAACUGAUACUUUCACAGUUGAUGAAACAACGAAAGAUCAUAUACCACUCCAUCAUCCAAAUGAUACCAAAAACUUAAAUGUAUCUUACCAUUAUAAUCCAGAAGCCAGCAGAUAUCAUUACGGAGCUCUACAUCCAAUGAAACCAUUUAGAUUAAUGUUGACUGAUCAUUUAAUAAUAUCUUAUAAAUUAUAUGAAAAAAUGGAUCUAUAUACACCAAGAAAAGCAUCAAAAGAUGAACUACUACAAUUUCAUUCAGAAGAUUAUAUAGAUUUUUUACAAUCAAUAACUCCAGAAAGUUGUAAGACUUUAGAUUCUUCAACUUUAGCAAGAUUUAAUAUUGGUGAUGAUUGUCCAAUUUUCGAUGGUAUUUUCAGUUAUUCACAAAUUUAUGCUGGUGCAUCAUUAGAUGCAACAAGAAAAUUAAUUAAUGGAAUGUCUGAUAUUGCAAUAAAUUGGUCUGGUGGAUUACAUCAUGCAAAAAAAUUUGAACCAAGUGGAUUUUGUUAUGUGAAUGAUAUCGUUUUAAGUAUAAUAAAUUUAUUAAGAGUUCAUCCAAGAGUCAUGUAUAUAGAUAUUGAUUUACAUCAUGGUGAUGGAGUUCAAGAAGCAUUUUAUACAACUGAUAGAGUUAUGACUGUAAGUUUUCAUAAAUAUAAUGGAGAAUUUUUUCCAGGAACUGGUUCAGUUGAUGAAAUAGGUUUAGGUGAUGGUAAGAAUUUUGCAAUAAAUGUUCCUUUAAGAGAUGGAAUUGAUGAUGAUAAUUAUAUAAGAUUAUUCAAACUGAUAAUGGAACCAUUAAUAACGAAAUUUCAACCAACUUGUAUUGUUCAACAAUGUGGAGCUGAUUCUUUGGGGUAUGAUAGAUUAGGAUGUUUUAAUUUGAAUAUAAGAGCUCAUGGUGAAUGUGUUAAUUUUAUAAAAAGUUUUGGUAUACCAAUGUUAGUAUUAGGAGGUGGUGGAUACACUCCAAGAAAUGUAAGCAGACUAUGGUGUUAUGAAACCUCAAUAUUAAACGAUGUUAGUCUAGAUCAUAAAAUACCCAAUUAUUUACCCACAUAUGAUUGGUUUGGACCAGAUUUUUCAUUACAUCCACAAUUAGAAGGUAGAAUUGAUAAUAAAAAUAGUAGGAAAUAUUUAGAAAGUGUUAAACAAGAAAUUAUGGAACAAAUUAGGUAUCUAAAUUCUGCACCUUCUGUUCAAAUGUAUGAAAUUCCACCUGAUAUAACUGGAUUAACUGAGGAAGAAGAUCAAAUUUUGAAAGAAUUAAAUGAAGAAGCAAAAGAAAAUGAAAGAGAUGAUAUAAUGAAAAAUGAAGAUAUAAAAGUAAUGAGUUAA